UUACCCGUGUGUUGCUAUCAAUAACGGGAAAUAUAAACACUGGAAAUAUAGAAAAUGAUUUCACCCCUUCUACAAACUGAAUAUUAGGCUUGUUUAGGGGAGUUGGGCAAGGAUAUGAAAAUGGCUGAAGAAGGAAAAGAUGCUUCCACUGCACAGAGCAUUGUCCAGAAGUCGGCCUACGCCCGGAAGAAGACGGUAGCGGAGGGUCUGCUAGACGUGGGUCUGUUAGUGGCCAAUGCCUCCCAGCUGAAGGCCCUCCUGGACCGGGGGGAGUCUCACAACUACUACUACCCCCUAUUGGUCCUCCUCAUUCUGUCUAUAUUAGUACAGAUCGUCAUCGGAUUCAUACUAUUGUUCCUGGGGACCACGGAGGGGAAUUUGGAAAAGGAUAAAAGAUCAAACUUGAUGAACAAUAUUGUGGUCGGACUUAUAUUUGGUACUUUGAUUCUGAAUAUAAUCAUUGGAGUAUUCGGUGUUUCUCUGUGACAUUUUAUUUGGCCUCAUCUUUAAUGUAUAAUAAGUAUCGAUAAAGUGUUGACCAUUUAAUGGUUUCAUCAGUGUCAUUCAUUCAAUUCAUUUCAUGGACUAAAAAAUACAUUUCCCUCCAAAUUGAUAUUGAUGAGAAUUGGAAAUCGGAAUAGAAACUAAGCUGAAAAACAUCAAACACUGAAGCAUUGUGAUGUUGUGUAAGGAACCCAAGAUAGAGAAAUCUUGGAACAUUUUUUUUUCAUUAUGAUUGUUUCAUUCCAUAACACAAUUCUGGAAAAAGUAAAACUGCAUGUGGAAAUACUGUAUUUUAAUAUUUAAGAGCACGGGUUCAUGUCAUCUUAUAUACUAGUAUGUUAUCCAUAUUUAUUUACAUUUCUCUUGAGAUUUGUAAUGUUCUCGUGGC